AUGUCGCAAGAAAUUGGAUGGUUCGAUUUACGCAAUGCGGGUGAAUUAUCCAGCCGUUUAGUUAAUGACUUAGAUACAGUAAAAGAUGGUAUCGGUGAAAAAGUACCAGAUUUUGUUAGCUUAAUUACAAAGGUUACUGGUUGCUUAAUCCUAGCCUUAGCCAAAGGAUGGAAGUUAACACUUGUGUAUAUGGGUAUUUCACCCUUAAUAAUAAUUACAUUUAAUAUAACACUUCGAAUUGUUGUGAAAUACACAGCAGAGGAAAUGCAAGCAUCUGCUACAGCAUCUGCGGUCGCUCAAGAAGUUUUAAUGUCCAUUAGAACAGUAACUGCAUUUGGUGGUCAAAAAAAAGAAGAAGAAAGAUUUAGUAAAAAUCUUUUGUAUGGAAAAAUUAUUGGAAUUAAGAAAGCGUUUUAUACGGGUUUAUGUCAAGCAUUCUUCAGUUUCAUUACCUUUAGUAAUUUUGCACUUAUAUUUUGGUAUGCUCCAUUUUUGGUUCGAACAGAAUGUAAAUCAUAUUCAGCAGGAUCAGCUAUCCUUAUCAUACUAGCUUGUAUGUCAGCCACAUUUUCAAUUUCAAACUUAUUUUCAAAUAUACAAAGUUUUGCUGAAGCUUCAGCAAGUGCACGUUAUGUAUUUGAUAUUAUUGAACGAACAUCUAACAUUAACGCAUUUAACGACAAUUACGGCGAUAAACCGGAUUUGGUUGUAGGUGACAUUGAGUUUCAGAAUGUACAGUUCGCCUUUCCAGCAAGAAAAGAUAUGCCAGUUUUAAAUAAGGUUUCAAUGAAGAUCCCUAGUGGCAAAACUGUAGCAUUAGUAGGGGAAAGUGGUUGUGGAAAGAGUACAACGAUUCAACUGAUUCAACGUUUCUAUGAUGUUGAUGAAGGACAGAUUUUGUUAGACGGACAUGAUUUGCGUUCACUAAAUGUGGCAUGGCUGCGAAACAACAUUGGUAUUGUAGCACAAGAACCAGUUCUAUUUACAGGAACAAUCGAGGAUAAUAUUCGUUUUGGAAAAACUGAUGCAACAGAUGAAGAAGUUGUAGAGUAA